AUGGUAAGCUUUUACCGCCGGUUCCUCCCGCACUGUGACGACCUUACCCUGUCGCUGACGAACACUCUCUCCAGUCCCAAACAUUCGUUCGAGCUGUCUGCUGACGCCCUCGCUGAUUUUGGCAAGGUGAAGGCUGCCCUGGUCGACGUCACCCUUCUGAUGCACUUUUCUCCCGAUGCUCCCAUCUCACUCCUGGUUUGUGCCUGCAAUGCUGUUGUUGGCGUAGCUCACCAACAAAGUCUCCCAGAUUCGACGGUGCCUUCGGCCUUCUUUUCCAGAAAACCCUCCAAGGCCGAAACCCGCUACAGCACUUUCGGGUGCGAACUUCCUGCCGUUUAUCUUGCUGUGAAGUACUUCGAGUUCGCCAUUUUCACGGACCACAAGUCACUUUCCUUCGCACUUCACUCAACUUCCAACAGGCUCAACCCCCGGGAAACCCGCCAACUUGACUACAUCUCUCAGUUCACCUCUGCCACAUUGACGGAUCAGGCAAUGAGGGUAGCUGACGCAUUAUCCAGAUCCUCCAUCGCUCACGUUCACCUAUACCCCUUUAAGACAAUCCGCGGAGCAACCGACCGGAAAGGAGGACAGCGUUAGUGGCACGAGAACUGGCGCGCUACAAGGUGGACAUCGCCGCACUCAGCGAGACCCGUUUCUCCGAACAAGGCCAACUGGAGGAGGUGGGUGCCGGCUACACCUUCUUCUGGACCGGUCGCCCCAGGGCAGAGCGACGGAACGCGGGUGUCGCCUUCGCCAUUCGGAACGACAUCAUGGGACGACUGCCCUGUUUGCCGCAGGGCAUCAAUGAUCGUCUGAUGAGCCUCCGCCUGCCUCUCCGGCGGGGGGGGCCAAUUCGCCACCAUCAUCAGCGCCUACGCUCCGACCAUGACCAACCCCGACGCCGUCAGAGACAAAUUCUACGAGGACCUGCACGCCCUCUUGGCGACUGUGCCGAUGGCGGACUAGUUGGUUGUCCUUGGCGACUUCAACGCCCGCGUCGGCACAGACCAUACUGCCUGGAGAGGAGUGCUGGGUCCCCACGGUCUCCGCGGCUCAAACGACAAUGGUCUGCUACUGCUCCGCACCUGCGCAGAACACCGCCUUAUCCUGACAAACACGUUCUUCUGUCUGCCGGAGCGAGAGAAGGCCACUUUGAGGCAUCCUCGGUCGCGUCAGUGGCACCUGCUGGACUAUGUCCUCGUCCGAAGGCGUGA